AUGGUUUGUUUGCAGAACACCACUGUUUGGAAGCUGGACUCGUGCCGAGAGUGUGGUUGCCAUGGUGAUGUUGUCCUGUGUGAAGCUGUGGCGUGCAGAGACCCUCGCUGCAACUUUGAGAAGGGGGAAAUACUUCAAAUAUCGCCCAAUGCUUGCUGCCCUGAGUGUGCUAAAGGAAUGGAAGGGUUUUGUGAGUACAAAGGACAACUCAGAGAAGACGAUGAAGUGGAACAUCUUGGUCCAGGAGAAUGCUGUCCCAAGUGUGUAAGCAGAAGAGACUCUUGUGCUUUUGAUGGAGAAAUAAUCCCGAACAAGAAGGAAUGGCAGCUGAGCCCGUGUGCCAAAUGCAUCUGUCGGGAUGGCUCUCUGCAGUGUUCCACCGUCAUUUGUCCACCUGCAUUCUGUAAUGCGGAUCAAAGUCUCGUCGUACCAGCUGGAAAAUGUUGUCCAGAGUGUGCUCAAAAACCCUGCUUUGCAUUUGGGACAUUAUACCAGCCUGGGGAAGAGUGGAAGAAAGAUGCUUGCACAACCUGCGUAUGUGACGGAGGAGAAUCCAGGUGCUUUACGAAGAGCUGCCUCCCACUGAAUUGUCCAAAGGACGAAGAGAAAGCGCGGCGCCCAGGGAAAUGUUGUGAAGAGUGUGUCCUUUCCAAGGGCAGCUGUGUGCACAACGGCACCCUCAAAUACCACAGGGACAUGUGGCACGAUAUGGACUGUAACUUCUGUAGCUGUGAUGGAGGCCAGGUUGCUUGUCGGAAAGCCAAGUGUGCCAAAGUGGACUGUGGCCAGGGUGAAGAAUUAUUUCAUUUACCAGGCAAGUGCUGCCCUGAAUGCAUUUCAAGAGGGGCCCCCUGCGUUUACAAGGAAUCUACCAAAGACAGUGGUGAAAAAUGGAAGGAAGGCCUGUGCCGUGAAUGUGAAUGCUUGGACUCCAAAGUAAACUGCUAUUCUCAGUCUUGUCCGACGUGUCCCACAGGAACUGUGGCUAUGGCUGUGCACGGAGAGUGCUGCCCUCAAUGCAAGCCAGGUGACUGCCAUCCCGAUUGCUUGACCUGCACCCGGGCGUUUGAUCGUUGCGAUGCCUGCCGAGAGUCCACCAAGUUUCUCCUGAACGGGCGUUGCGUUGAUAGCUGUGGGGUUGGCUUCUAUCCAGAUGGGGGCCUUUGCCUGGCUUGUAAAGAGAUGUGCUCAACUUGUACUAAUAAAUUUGGAUGUACUUCCUGCCAAGCUUCGCUGCAUUUGAAGGAUGCUCAGUGCGUGACGUCAUGUGGGGAAGGGUUUUUCCCGGGACCUCUCCAGUGUACAGCUUGUCACGAAUCCUGUGCAACGUGCCGAGGUCCAACGGCAAACAACUGUUCCACCUGCCGAGACCCAUCUCUCGUGUUCCUGGAAGGCACAUGCAUGGCUAAUUGCGGGCAGCGGUUCUACGUUACGGAGGGAGUUUGCAGAGCUUGCUCUGAAGGUUGUGACAGGUGUUACGUGGACCGGCUGAGAUGCUUGUCCUGUGCUUCAGGCCGAGUUCUGCUGGAUGGCAACUGCCUGUCAGAAUGUCCCCCUGGCUAUUACGCGGAUGGUUCCCGCAAAUGCAGAGUUUGCCACGGUUCGUGCACCAGCUGUACAGGACCUUUGCCCACUCAGUGUACCUCCUGCUCCUUCCCCCAGGCCUUCUACCAGGGCCACUGUCUCCUCGCUUGUGGAGAGGGCUUUUAUCAGCACCACAAUCUCUGUAAAGGUUGCCAUUCAUCCUGCAGGGCAUGUGUGGGCCCAGAACAUUCACACUGUACGCAGUGCAUGAACCCAGAGGAGAAGCUUCAACCAUACCUGAGCCUUGAGGAAAGGCCAGUUGGCACCUGCUUGCCUCAAUGCAGAGCCCAGUUCUACAGUAACGAAGACAGGAUUUGCAAAGUGUGCCACUCUUCCUGCUUUUCUUGCACUGGAGGCUCUCCUGAGAACUGCACCGCUUGCACAUCUCCUCAAGUCUUUCACGAAGGCCAGUGCAGCUCUGAGUGUCCAGAGGGAUGGUUUCCUCAAGAAAGCCGUUGCUAUGCCUGCCAUCCUUCUUGCAAGUCAUGCAGCGGGGCUGAGGAUGAUGAAUGCACCGCUUGUCACCCCCACGUCUCUUUCCUCAGUGGAAGAUGCAGAACGCCCUGCAAGAGAGAGCAAUACCUCAAUCUGGUAGGAUACUGUGCGGGUUGCCAUCCUCUCUGUGAGUUGUGUGUGGCAGAUCUCCACACAGACCAAGGAAGCACCUGUCUCAGGUGCCGCGAUGUCCAUCACCUGCUUCUGAAGGACCACUGUGUGACAGACUGCCCCGCGGGAUUUUACCAACUGGGAGGAGCGUGCCAGAAGUGUCAUCCUUCCUGUAAAACCUGUACAGGAGAAGGCCCAUUUUCCUGCAUUUCCUGUGACCCCAGCCUUGUCCUUUCUCACACUGGCUUGUGCCUCUCGGCCUGUUCUCUGGGAUUCUAUCAGGAUGAGAACCUCCACUGCAAACCUUGCAGUGAUUCGUGUCUGAGUUGUGAUUCGAGAUCCCACUGUACUUCUUGCAAAGACCCAUCCAAAGUCUUACUGUUUGGAGAGUGCCAGUAUGAUAAAUGUCCAUCGCAAUAUUUCCUUGACUUGUCUACCAGGACAUGCAAAGAGUGCGACUGGAGCUGCAACGCUUGCCACGGCCCCAACCGUACGGAUUGCCUGCAGUGCAUGGAGGGAUAUUUUCUCCAGCAGGGAACCUGCGUUGAGCAUUGUCUGCCGGCAUUUUACAGGGAAUCUGAAACAUGUCAAAGAUGCGACGAUGACCACUGUCUCCAGUGUGAUGGGCCGGGGAAAUGCGUGCGCUGCCUGGCUCCCUUCCUGCUCCUGGAAUCCCAGUGCGUCUUGUCAUGUGGAAAGCGGUACUACGGAGACCAUGGAGGGCAGAUAUGCCUAGCUUGCCCCGAGGGAUGCUUGGAGUGUGACGAUUCCACCAGGUGCCGAGUUUGUAAUUCCACUACAUUUCUUCAGAAAGGCCUUUGUGUGGCUGACUGUGGGCGUGGCGUCUACAAAGACCCCCGAAAUCGGCAGUGCAAAUCUUCUGGGCCUGCUCCUGGGUUCAAGGCCAAGAGCCUCCUCUUGGUAGGAAUUGGUGGGCUGAAACUACUAGAUGGUUCCUUGCUGGAAGUAGAAAACCUAGAGAGCUAUGGAGAAGGCCUCCUCUUUCGCACGGCAGCCCUUCCCACCAACGGCAGGCUGGUAGUCCUGGCUGAAGGGAAAGAAAAAGAACAGGACUAUUUCACCUGGGAAGACGCGAAGGAACAGCGCGUUUUCUUUGUCCACGACAAAAUGAAAUCCAGGGAUGGCUUGUUUUUCCUGACGCUCAGCUAUCAAGAGUCCACAUCGGAGCCAGUAAUGUUCACCGUCCGAGCUUUUUCAACCCAGCCUCCUUAUGUCCUCAAGAAUGAAGUCCUCUCCAUUAGCAAAGGAGAUACUGGAACCAUUACCAACCACCUGCUUGAUGUGCAGGAUAGAGAUAAUCCUCAAGACGUGACGGUGACCAUUUUAGAUCCUCCAAAACAUGGACAAUUGGUCAAGCUUUCAGGAAAUGGCCCUUUGACCCUGCAUGUGUUCAGCCUUGGUGAACUUUCAGGAGGAUUCGUGCGUUAUAUUCAUGAUGGGUCUAACAGGAUGGAAGACAGGGCGGUUCUGCAAGUCAGCGAUGGGUACCACUUUCAGAACAUACUCUUCCGUGAAGUGGUGUUUCUGGUUCCCAUGCUGGCCGAUGAUUCUGGACUAGGAUGGCAGCCUUUGGCCAGUGGUGGUAGAGCUACCCCAACAACCACCUUCACCCAACAGGACAUCAAUGAAGGUGUCAUUUGGUACAGGCACUCUGGAGCCGAAACAGAGAGUGACUCAUUCCGCUUCCAGGUCUCUGGUGCAGGUUUUCCACAGACUCAUCUUGAGACCCACCUGUUCAACAUUGCCAUCUUACCACCUCACCUGGCGUCACCUGUGUCCUCCUCCAGAUCUUCUUUUCACAUGACAGCACUAGAAGAUCGUGUGACACCUAUUCAACCCCAUCAACUGUCUUUUGUCAACUCGCAAACUCAAAGUGAAGAAAUCACGUACAACGUGACUGUACCCUUGCCUCCAAAUCAAGGCAUGGUGGAGCACAGAGACAAACCAUUCAUCCCGGUAACUACUUUUACCCAAACGGACAUCAACAAUGGCAAAAUUGUCUAUCGUCCACCUAGUGCUGGACCGCAUAUUAGAGAGCUGAUGGAAUUCUCCUUUGCUGGUCUUCCAGAAUCGAUUAACUUUCGUUUUACAGUGUCGGAUGGAGAACACGUAAGUCCCGAGAUGGCGUUUACCAUCCACUUGCUUUCCACUGAUGUAGAGCCUCCGUUGUUCCAGAUUACUGCUCCGGUGCUCGAGGUCAGCCAAGGAGGCAGAGCUGCCAUUGGAAUAAAGUUGGCGCUGAGUGACGGGCAUAUUGCAGCUGAGGACCUCUUCUUUGAAGUGGUAGAACCCCCUCACCAUGGAGCUCUUCUCAGACACGGUUCCGGAUUCCCAGUCUACAUGGCAACAGGUGAUAGUUUCACCUAUGAGGAAAUCACCAGGAAUGCCUUGCAUUAUCUUCACGAUGGCUCAUCCUCAGAAGAAGACAGCAUGGAAAUUUCAGUCACUGACGGCACUACCAAAGACGUAGUUUUGCUCAAAGUGGAAGUAACUCCAGUGGACAUUAAUGGGCCAAGGUUGGAUCCUAGCUGCUCGCUGAGUAUCACUGUGGCUGGUAAAAACUCCGUGAUCAUCACUCGAUCCCACUUUGCCUACAUUGAUAACAAUUCCCCAGAUUCUGAGAUAAGGAUUCAGCUAAUUUCUCUUCCGAUGUACGGCAGUCUUAUGCGAGGGCAAUCGGAUGAGUCUUCGGAGGUCUAUAAUUUCACAAUGGAAGACAUUAACCAUCAAAGAAUCAGAUACUUCACCGAGCUCGAAGCUGUGCUCGAUCAGCCAAUCACAGAUGUCUUCUACUUCUCUGUGUUCGACGCUGACAACAACCAACUUGACAGCCAGAUGUUCACCGUUACUGUCACAGCAGCCCAAAGUGUGCCUCCGGCUAUUACCUUUUCGGACCGAAUUACGGUAGAAGAAGGGGGACGAACACCACUGCAGCCUCACCAUACCCUUGGCCUGGAAGGUGGCCUUGCUGAAGAAGGCCUGCUUGUAAAAAUCACAAGUCUUCCAAAAUACGGGUACAUUGAAAACACCUGGACAGGCAGACGCCUUGGUUUUGGAAAUGCCGAAAGUUCUGAUUUUUCUUUCUCACUUCAAGAUGUGUUGGAGAACCGUAUUUAUUAUUUUCAGAAUGUCCAUGAAAGUAUUGAACCAUCGAUGGACAGCUUUAGUUUUUAUAUCAGUGAUGGCUUCAGCCAGUCAGAAAUCAGCAGUGUCAACAUUACUAUUAAGCGCCUGAAUGAUGAACCACCUCAGUUAAAGGUGAGCCCUGUCAGCGUGCGUGAAAACACAGGAGCAGUGAUUAGGAAUUCCUCCUUGAGGCUAAGGGACUUGGACACUUCGAAUGACCUUCUGGUUUUCACGAUAACCAAGGCACCCGUUCAUGGAUACCUGUACAGACGAGAAUCUCUGCAUUCUCUGGAGAAUGGACAAGCUCUCGCUGAGGGAUCCACUUUCACCUUCCAGGAUGUCCUGGAGGAACUGAUCGUUUAUAAAUUGAACAGUUUGGUAGCCCAGAGUGACGAGUUCCAAUUUUCACUCUCCGAUGGCCUCCACAUUGAGACAGGGAAAGUGGAGUUUGUGGUAGCCUCACCAAGGAUGGACCUUCCCAGAUUGGUCACGAACAAAGGCCUACAACUCCCUGCUGGGUCUGUGGCAGUCAUCACAAACCAGCAUUUAAGAGCCACAGAUCCUGAUUCAGAUGACCUGUCUAUCAGAUACAUCAUGAAGAAGGACCCAACCUAUGGAUCGUUGCACUUGCAUAAAAGAGAUUCUUUGACGCAGAUCUCUGCUGGGGGACCAGCCAAAAGCUUCACCCAGGCAGAUAUAAACAAAGGACAAGUCGAAUACAGCCAUGAGAAAGGAGAACCGAUUGGGGCAUUUUUUUUUGUUUUUGAUGUGACAGAUGGAAAGGGAAACAGAAUGGCAGACUUGGAAUUUUCAAUUAACGUAACAGGGGAUCGAUUAUCUCUGUCCAUCACUGUCAACACUGGGAUAACCUUGGAUGAAAACUCAGUGAAAAAAAUCACCACUUUGGAGCUGUCAGCCAAGAAGCAGGGUGGAGAAUCCAGUGAUCUCCUCUACAGGAUUAUUAAGCAGCCCCAGCUGGGACAUUUGGAGCACACGGCAUGGCCAGGCAGAAGGAUUAGUUCCUUCCAACAAGGAGACCUUCUCUCCCACAGCCUCCACUACAUCCAUACAAGCGAGGCUGAAGAACAUACUGACACAUUCACGUUCACCGUUUCAGAUGGCCAUGAGGAGGUGACCCAGAAUUUUGAAAUCACCAUUAAUCCGGUUGAUGAUUCUUUGCCGGUGGUGCAGAUGGCGGGCACGACGGUGCAGGAAGGUGUGAGGAAAACCAUCACGGAAUUUGAUCUCAAAGCCACCGACACGGACACAGAGGCCAAGUCUGUCACCUUUAACAUUGUGCAGCCCCCACGCCACGGCCAGCUGGAGCGCACCAGUGACAGCCAUCAUUACCAACAGGCCCAUGCCUUCUCCAUGGAGGACAUCUUCCAGAACCGAAUCAGUUACAGUCAUGACGGAAGCAAUUUUUUAGAAGACCGUUUCACUUUCACAGUGUCCGAUGGAACCAAUCCCCUUUUUGUGGUGGCAAAGGAAGGGAAAGAGAUUGUGACUGCUGUGCCCCAGUGGUUUAGAAUUGAAAUUCUCCCUGUGGAUGAUGGGACUCCAAGAGUUGUCACUAAUUUAGGUCUUCAGUGGCUGGAAUAUAUGAAUGGCAAGCCAAAAAACCUCAUCACUAAGAAGGAGCUGUUGACUAUGGACCCUGAUACAGAAGACAACCAUCUGAUCUAUGAAAUAACAACAGGGCCCAAAUAUGGUUACGUGGAGAAGAAAUUGCAGCCGAGAACGAUGGUGACUACCUUUACACAAGAGGACGUGAAUUUGGGAUUGAUCCAGUAUGUGCUACAUGAAGAGAAUGUUCAAAGGACAGAAGAUAGUUUUCAGUUUCUGGUGAAGGACAGCAAACCCAGCAUUGUCGCUGAUAAUAUCUUCCAUAUUCAGUGGUCUGUUAUCAGCUUUCAACAUACGAGCUACAACAUCAGUGAAAAGGCCGGUUCCAUCAGCGUGGCUGUGAAGAGGACAGGAAACCUCAAGCAAUAUGCUAUUGUCCUGUGCCGUACAGAACAAGGAACGGCCACCUCUGGUUCAAGUUCUCAACCAGGGGAACAGGAUUACCUUGAAUAUGCUAGCCAGGUGCAGUUCGAUGAGUGGGAAGACUUCAAAACUUGCACCAUUGUUAUCCAUGAUGACGGCAUCUUUGAGGGUAUAGAAAGCUUCUCCGUUGAGCUGAGUAUGCCAGCGUAUGCCUUGCUGGGCAACAUCACUGCGACCCAAGUCUUCAUUAAUGACGUAGAAGAUGAGCCCACCCUGCAAUUUGACAAGAAAGUCUACCACACCAGUGAGAGUGCCGGUAUCCUGUCUGUCCCCAUUGAAAGGAAAGGGGAUUCUAGCAGCCUCAUCUCUGCCAUAUGCUACACCAUCUCUCAAAGUGCCCAAGGCAGCAGCAUGUAUGCCCUGGAGUCCGGCUCAGACUUUAAAUCCCGGGGAAUGUCCAACGAGAAUCGGGUCGUCUUGGGGCCUGGCGUCACAACGGCAACUUGUGAUGUGAAGCUAAUUGACGACAGCGAGUAUGAAGAGGAGGAAGAAUUUGAAAUUGCUCUGACCGACCCAUCCGAGAACGCUCGGCUCGGGAGCAUCACUUCCGUUAAAGUUACGAUCGGCGGUCCCAAUGACGCUUCGACUGUAUCCCUCGGAAGUGCGGCUUUUAGCGUUAGUGAGGAAGCAGGGAUUAUCGAAAUCCCAAUUAUCAGGCAUGGGCCUGAUCUCUCCAUUCCAACCUCGGUCUGGUGCGCCACUCGGACAUCAGAGCCGCCAUCUGCUACUCCGGGAUUUGAUUAUAUUCCCAGCUCCAAGAAGGUUGAAUUUCAUCCAGGCAGAACCGAGGAGUACUGCACCUUGACGAUUCUGGACGACGCCCAGUCGCCCGUGAUUGAAGGAGCGGAGACCUUCGUGGUCUAUCUGAGUUCCCCUCAAGGAGCAGAGCUGGCCAAACCUUUCCAAGCAGUGGUGGCCAUUAAUGACACCUUCCAGGAUGUACCAAACAUGAAGUUCAGUAAAGAUGUCUACUCUGUGAAAGAGAAGGACCGCGUCCUCCAUGUUCCUGUUAUCCGUACUGGAGACUUAAGCUACGAAUCUUCAGUCAGGUGCCAUACACAGAGUCAGACCGCAAGAGUCAUGGAGGAUUUCGAGGAAAGGAGAAACGCCGAAGAAUCGCGCAUCACAUUUUUGAAAGGGGAGAAGGUAAAGAACUGCACUAUUAUUAUAAAUGACGACUCUGCCUUUGAACCAGAAGAGAGAUUCCGGGUAUACCUGAGUGAACCCCAAGGCAACCACUGGAGUGGAGCUACAGUUGGGAAAAGCAAUAUGGCCACUGUAGUUAUUUCCAACGACGAAGAUGCUCCCACCAUCGAGUUUGAAGAAGCCGGUUACCAGGUCCGUGAACCCGCCGGGCCAGAAGGCGUUGGCUUCUUAAAUGUCAAAGUGAUCCGGACAGGAGAUCAAAACAGGACCUCGAAAGUUCGCUGCAGCACCCGGGAUGGCUCGGCUCAGUCUGGAAUUGAUUAUUACCCAAAGAGCCGAGUUCUCAAGUUUAGCCCUGGUAUGGACCAUGUUUUCUUUAAGGUGGAGAUCAUGUCCAAUGAAGACCGGGAGUGGCACGAAUCCUUUUCUCUGGUCUUGGGUCCAGAUGAUCCCAUUGAAGCUGUUUUGGGGGAUCUCACUACCACAAUUGUGACCAUCUUGGACCAAGAGGCAGCCGGAAGCCUCAUUUUACCAGCUCCUCCUAUAGUGGUUACGCUGUCGGAGUACGACCACGUUGAAGAGGAAACCACAACAGGAGCUAAGAAGUCGCCGUCUCCCGGCUACCCCCUGGUCUGUGUUACCCCUUGCGAUUCUCACUUCCCCAAGUACUCGGUGAUGAAGGAGCGAUGCAGUGAAGCUGGGAUCAACCAGUCCUCCAUCCAGUUCAGCUGGGAAGUGGCUACCCCCACGGAUGGAAAUGGAGCCAGGUCCCCUUUUGAAACCAUUACGGACAAUACCCCCUUCACCAGUGUCAAUCACAUGGUGCUGGACAGCAUUUACUUCAGCCGGAGAUUCCACGUACGCUGCGUGACAAAAGCUGUGGAUAAAGUCGGCCACGUGGGCACUCCCCUACGGAGUAAUAUAGCCACCAUUGGGACCGACAGCGCCAUCUGCCAUACCCCUGUGGUGGCUGGCACAGCCCGGGGUUUCCAAGCUCAAUCUUUCAUUGCCACCUUGAAAUACUUGGAUGUAAAACAUAAGGAACAUCCUAACAGAAUCCACAUCUCGGUGCAAAUUCCACACCAGGAUGGGAUGCUUCCCUUGAUUUCUACCAGACCUCUGCACAACUUGCAUUUCCUAUUGUCAGAAUCCAUUUAUAGGCACCAACAUGUCUGUUCCAAUAUAGUCAGCAUCCAAGACCUUAAAGGCAUCUCAGAAGCUGGAUUUCUAGAUGAAGUGACCUAUAAUAAUAUCGUUCUGGGCCCCGGAUAUGACCGGCCGUACCAGUUUGACCCCAAUGUGAGAGAACCCAAGACUAUCCAGUUUUACAAACAUUUGAACCUGAAGAGCUGCAUUUGGACAUUUGACGCAUACUAUGACAUGACAGAGUUAAUUGAUAUCUGUGGAGGAUCCGUCACGGCAGACUUCCAGGUUCGGGAUUCAGCUCAGUCGUUCUUGACCGUCCAUGUCCCACUUUACGUCUCCUACGUUUAUGUAACGGCACCCAGAGGCUGGGCCUCUCUGGAGCAUCACACAGAGAUGGAGUUUUCCUUCUUCUAUGACACCAUUCUCUGGAGAACAGGUAUACAGACGGACAGCGUCCUUUCAGCCAAGCUGCAGAUAAUCAGGAUCUACAUCCGAGAUGAUGGUCGGCUGGUCAUUGAGUUCAAAACUCAUGCUAAGUUCAGAGGGCAUUUUGUGAUGGAACACCACACUCUGCCAAACGCCAAGUCUUUUAUCAUGACCCCUGACCACCUGGGAGGGAUGGAAUUUGACCUACAGCUCUUGUGGAGUGGACAGACCUUUGACUCUCCUUAUCAACUCUGGAGAGCAACCAGCUCCUACAGCAGGAAAGAUUAUUCCGGAGAAUAUACCAUUUCCUUAAUACCCUGUACAGUUCAACCCAUACAAUCGUGGGUGGAUCCAGGAGAUAAGCCAUUGCCCUGCACUGCUCAUGCUCCCGAAAAGUUUUUGAUCCCAAUUGCCUUUCAGCAGACUAACCGCCCGGUUCCUGUAGUGUAUUCCCUGAACACGGAGUUUCAGCUCUGCAAUAAUGAAAAGGUUUUUCUCAUGGACCCAACUAAAACGGAGAUGUCGAUGGCCGAGAUGGACUACAGAGGAGCUUUUUCCAAAGGUCAAAUCCUAUACGGCCGAGUGAUGUGGAACCCAGAGCAAAACCUCAAUUCCGCCUACAAACUGCAGCUGGAGAAAGUCUACCUCUGCACAGGGAAAGAUGGCUACGUCCCGUUCUUUGACCCAACAGGCACAAUAUAUAACGAAGGACCCCAGUACGGCUGCAUCCAGCCUAGCAAGCACCUGAAGCACAGAUUCCUGCUGCUGGACCGGAGUCAACCAGAAGUGACCGACAAAUAUUUUCACGAUGUCCCUUUCGAUGCCUCUUUUGCAUCCGAGUUGCCCGAUUUCCACCAGGUCAGCAGCAUGCCCGGUGUGGAUGGCUUCGUCAUGAAAGUGGACGCCCUGUAUAAGGUGGAAGCCGGGCACCAGUGGUAUCUUCAAGUGAUCUACGUCAUUGGUCCCGAGAUGAUUGGGGGCUCCCGGAUGCCACGUUCCGUGGUCCAUCACCUGAAGCGCGGCCGCCGAGAUCUUGUGGACCACAAGGGCCUCCCCAUUCUGGAUGACUCCUUGAUCUACGACAACGAGGGAGAUCAAAUCAAGAACGGCACCAACAUGAAGUCUCUCAGCCUGGAGCAGCAGGACGCCAUCAGUGUGGCCUCUCUCUCUCAGACGGGAGCUUCCAUCGGCAGCGGCUUUGCGGCCGUCCUGCUCUUUGUCCUCGUCCUCUUGUCCGUCUGCUUUGUCACCAGGAAGUGUCGGAAGCAUCGGAAGAAGAAGAAGAAGAAAGCGGCCAAAGAGAUUGCAGAGCAGUACCCUCUCAACACUCAAGUUGAGGCAGCCAAGCGGUACGCCGAGACCCUGGAGAAGAACGUCAGUGGACAUUACUGCACGGUGAAGAACCUCAAUCUCCUGUGUGAAAACGAAGGCGCCUACAAGGUCAGGGGGGCGAAGGUCAAACAGAUGAACUUGGAAGUGAAAGUUCAUAACAAUUUACACGAUGGGACCGAAGUUUAA